CCUUUUUUCAUUGUCGAAGCGAACCAAGAGAUAAUAAAAGACACAUAACCUGUGGUUUGAGAUAUGCCUGCUAUGUUUUUCUUUAAUAGAGUGACAAAGUUUAUAGAAGUUGAUUAUUAUAUUAAAUAAAUAGGAUGAACGAUAGUUCAGUUAAUUUACAACAACAGUUAGUAAAUCUACAAUCCCAAUUAAUGGAUUACAGCGUAAAAUGUACACCGGAUAAUCACAGUGUCACUACUAUUGCAAAUGAUUAUUUACAUUCUUCGGUGGUGUCGUUAUGGUCCAUCGAUGACGAUGGACUCUUUUGCGCUCAAGGCUUAGUGAAUCAUAGUGGCGGCAAGAAGAGUUCAGUAUUUGUUGUUUGGGAUGAAAAUUAUAUACUAAACUUUGUUUUCAAAACAUCGAGUAAAACUCAAAUAACGACCCUUACUAAAGUGCAGAUACCUUUGCCCUGUUGUAAUGGUGAUAUUGAAGAAAUCCAGCAUAUGUUAAUUACGGAUUUCAAUACACUGCUACUGAUGAAAAGUGGUCGUAUGUAUUACUUUAGUUCUGUUAAGUUAAUGCAUCAAUUAAAGUUUUUGGAGGGUGUGCGAUGCGUGACUUUUACAAAACCGAGGAUAUUUAGUGUUAUACGUUUGCAAAUGGCAGGACCGGCAAAACAACUGUGCUUACAAGUUUUUCAAGAUGUGUACGAAUUAGGUAAGGCGACGUAUCCUGAAGAAUUUCUUUUGCGCAGCUACGACAUAAGUUUUGAUGAACGUAACCUGUUUGAUUGUAAUUGGGAAGAUGAAAAUUUCAGUUUAAUAACUUUAAUGGUAAAUGCUGACAACCAAGAAUUUUUAAAUAAAUUAAUCAAAAUUGGACAAAAUUUUUUGGAUGGAAAUGAGCAAAUAAAUUUAACGAUGCAACAAGAGUUACAUAUAUUUACCAUAUCAGGAAAUGUGUUUAUAUUAACAGGAGCUGUUAUACAGGAAGAUCUUGAUAAGCCUUUGAUUGAAAAAGUUAUAGAAAACCAUCAUAUACACUUAUUAAGUGCUUACGCUUCUAAUAUAGAAUGUGUAAAAUUAGAUUGUGCAAAACAAUUCCUAAUCGUUUUACUUCAAUGCGGUUAUAUUGAUAUAUGGUUUGGAAGCAAUCAACAAUUUAAAGACACUUUACAACUUAGAACCAUUCAAAUAACCACUUUUACGCAUUAUGAUUUUUGCGCUUCAAGUACAACUUUCUAUUUUGUUAUGCCAGACCAGAUAAAUCAGUUAAAAAUAUCAAUAAACGAACAAUGGCGAGACGGGGAAGAAGAGUGUUUAAUACACGAGGAACAUAAAGCCAUAAGUGGGAUAAUAGCUUGCACUUGGGCGGAGCAUUUACAACAAUUAGUUUGCAUAAGUUACAAUAAUAUAUUUUACCAUAUAACGUUCCACAAGAACGAAUUUAUCAAACAUUCGGAGAAUUCAUCACAACACGAUAAUUCACAAGAACUGCAUGCUUUAACGAAAGAACACGUUCAAGAACUAUUACAGAAGGCUCAAGUAAUCGGUGAGCUAAUAGAACAAUCGUCUUUAUUGCACCAACAAAUUGAGGACGAAUAUAAAAAGCAAGUCAGCGUCGCUAUGGGCCAUAAAACGGAGUUACUGAGGAAAUAUUACAAAGCCUAUAUAGAGUAUUAUAACUAUUUGCCCAGUUCUGAGAGCUACCGAAACUCUACUACACUCAUAAAAACCCACUUAAAGAAUAAUCAAAAGGGCCAGAAUAAAUUAAUAUAUUACGCUUUAAUUUUUUUCAAGCUUAACAGGCAAGAUAAGUCAGUGUUGUCUGCGUUUACCGACACAAAUUGGUACUUACAAUUAAGUACUGAAAAUGAAAGUAUGUUUUUAUUCUUAUCCGACGAAAUGUUAAAAAGAAAUCUUUGCUUGUUGGUAGAAUGUAAUCUCCAAGAGGAGAAGAUAUUUCUAUCGAAUUUUCAAGCAAAACUGUUCACGUUUGUAAAGCACGCUAGUAAUUAUUUUAGUGUAAAUUUUGUUGUAGAAUUAGAAGAAAAUGAAACAAGUUUCCAAAAUAUGUUUAGCCAUAAAGUUGAUUUCUUAAGUUUAUGGUCACCAAUAAGUAAUUUGCGUAAUAUAUUGCAAAAAAAUUUAACAAGAAAGAGCGAAAUGACUGAACUCGCAACCGUAACCAACUACACUUGUACAUUCACUUUACAAAAUAGAGAACAUGGAAAAAAAGUUUUGCAAAAUCUUAAUUUGAAAAUGGAUGGUUUAACCGAGGAUAUAAAAUUAUAUUUUUUAGCCCACUAUUUAAUAGUUUUAAAGUAUGACAUUUCUUCAAAAACUAUAUCAAUAACUUCAGAAUUCCCUGAGGCGUUGUAUUAUUUGAAGUUAUAUUUCUUGGUUAUUAUGAAAACAAAUACCCUUCAAUGUAGUUCCUCAGGUUCUUUAAAACGGAAACAAGUACAAAUUAUGGAAUAUCAGAGUGAAAUCGAGCGUUUAUACGGCUUUGUACUGGUAACGGAUGUAUCGAAUGCAAAGGAAGGCACAAACGCCAUUCAUUUAGAGCGUUUAAAAAGAGUUUAUACAAAAAUACGGCAAGAUUUGAGAGAAAUAUUUUUGUAAAAAUGAAAUU